CCCUUUAACGCCCACAGACCUAACAGACAGUUUAUUUACUAAACACCAAACAAGUGAUAAGCCUCCCAGUGAAGUAGCUUGUUAAUCAUUGUGUCAACAACAUCUCACUUUUACUUCACUUUGCUCAUCUUCAUCCAUAUAACUAGUACUUGUAAACAUCGUAAUGAUUUCACGCCGCGAUAAGCUUUUGAAUUUGCCUUGGACUCAACAACGUUACGAACAUCAUCGUGCCAAUCUACGUUCGGCCAAACCGGCCAUUGAUAUGCGCACUCCGACCAUUUACUCGCAUGUGAUACUCAAACCCAAGAAAGUGCAGAUAGAGAAGGAACGUUUGCAACGCAUUGAAGUGGAGAAUGUGCGGCUGUUACAGAAAUUGGGCGACAUUAUGCAAACGAAGCGUAUGUCGGAUUUGUGGCUGGCGCCGAGACCAGAUUUCUUACAUCGUGAAAAAUUAUUUGAAACACGUCCAUACUCUAGUCUACCUAAGUUGAUAACCAUCUAUGGACCGAAAUCUUCAGUGGAGCAAGCGUUUAGUGCACCAAUUGCUUUAAAAUCGCCUAACUCAAGAAUGGUGCAGCGUUGUCCUACUUGUAGUGGUCGACCGGAACGUACUCAAGUGGCCAUUCCCGAGAAGCGAAUACCUUGGGCGCCGCCUCGUGUUUCACGAAACGUACAAACCAAAGUAGCUUUUGAAAUGAAAAGAUGCUUACACUGUGGACACCCCAAGAAAGUUGAUGAAGGAAAGGCGAACUCAACAGAGAAAAAUGACUAAAUAAAUAAAAGUUUAAAGUAGAAUUUACAGCAGAAAUUUGGAAAAAUGGAAAUGUAAUGUUUUUGGGUUACGGAGUUCCAAAGAAUCUCUGAUUUUUUAAUGUAUUUAUAUGUUAAAUUUUUUUUUUCUUUUUCACAUUUGAAAAAAAAAAAAUAUGUCUGUAACUCAUAAACCAAACAACAUUCAAAAAAACAAAGAUAAACUAAACAUACAACUCGUGAAAUGAAGUCCUCAAAGAGCUUUUAAAUUAAUGAACGAAAUGUCAGAACGAAAACACAAAAUUUGCCAACCUGCCAAGUGAUUCAUCGUCGCCAGUGCGAUCCCAAUCAUAGAGUCUAAAAACCAACAAUGUAUGUUGCGUCACCUCAACCACAGCCUGUUUAUGUUUGUGGUGGAGUGGGCGUGGCAUGUCCACAACAUACCAGCAAGGUGUAUUAGUAGCGUUAAAUUCACGCAGUUGUGAGUGCGUUGCGUAGUAUAAGAGUGGGAGAGAGAGAGAAAAGAGAUGGCGGACACAAGAAAAAAACGAAAUUUUUACGAAUUCCGUCUUUUGCACUUAAACAAAUUUUUACACAUAAUUUUCUACUGUUAAUAUAAUUAUAUAUUCGCAUGUUUGAAUUUAGGUACUUUUUUACUACACUUAAUAACAAAAUUUGUAACAACUUUUGCUAUUUGUGCACUUACAUAACUAAAUGAGACUACAACAAAUAGUUGCAAUAAACUUUAGCAGCCAAAAUGGAACGGAAAUUAAAACGUGCUUGUUUUUAUUUAAUGUACCUGCAUGUCAUAGGGUAAGUUAGUAACUUAGUUCGUGCCUAUGUAGUAUUCAAAUUCAUGCAAUUUUGUGGUGUGUCAAAGAAAGAGAAAAAGAAUGGGACGGAGGGGGAUGGCAUGCUAACUAU